UAUGAGCCCCCUCUGCCACCCCAGCAGCAGAGUCCCCCUUGGCCUCUUCCCCCUGGCUGCCUAAGGCUUCCCAGAGGAAGGAGGAGGAGGAGGAGGAGGAGGAGAAGGUGCCCCUGUCCGAUCAUGUCCCGGCGCAAGAUCUCCUCGGAGUCCUUCAGCUCCUUGGGCUCGGACUACCUGGAGACCAGCCCCGAGGAGGAGAGCGAGUGCCCCGUGGCCCGACUCUGCUGGAACGGCAGCCGCAGCCCCCCCAGCCCUUCGGGGCCCGCCACCCCCGGGGCCAGCGCUGCUCCCCCUUCCGCCGAAGCCCAGGCCUCCGGAGCCCCAGCAGCCGCCGCCGCCGCCGCCGCAGCAGCCUCCUUGAUCCCCGGCUCCGGAGGCUCCCGGAGGGCUCCCCGCCGCAGGAGGGUCAACCUGGACUCGCUCGGGGAGAGCAUCAGCCGACUCACCGGCCCCACGCCUCAGACCAUAAGGCAGACUCUCCAGAGGACACUGCAGCAUUAUGAGCAUCAAGUUAUUGGUUACAGAGAUGCUGAAAAGAACUUCCACAAUAUCUCUAACCGAUGCUCCUAUGCAGACCACUCUGGCAAUGACGAAACUGAAGAUGUCUCAGGAAUUCUCCAGUGUACAGCAAACAUACUCGGCUUGAAGUUUGAAGAACUGCAAGAGAAAUUUGGGGCAGAAUUCUUCAAUAUCUGCUUUGAUGAAAGUGAGCGGGUGCUCCGAGCAGUGGGUGGCACUUUGCAAGAUUUCUUUAACGGCUUUGAUGCUUUGCUGGAGCACAUCAGGGCUUCAAUUGGAAGGCAGGCCACUUUGGAAUCAUCUUCUUUCCUAUGCAAAGAGCUCGCUGAAGGCAACCUUAUGCUCCACUACUUCCACCCUCAUCAAAUUGUUGCUUUUGCCAUGGUUGGUAUGGUUAAGGCAGCGGCAAGGAAGAUCUACCAACUUGAAGUGGAAGUGGAGCAGAUUACAAAUGAUAAAUUGUGUACAGAGGACUCAAACCCAGGCAACUGCAGCUGUCUCACUUUUAUUAUCAAAGAGCGUGAAAAUGCAAAUAUCACAAAACCACUUCCACUGGGGACAUCCCAGUCCCCUGCAGAUCUGAGGAUAAGCAUCAACACUUUUUGCCGAGCUUUCCCCUUCCACCUGAUGUUUGAUCCCAGCAUGCUGGUGCUGCAGCUAGGAGAAGGACUUAGGAAGCAGCUCAGGUGUGAUGCUCACAAGAUGCUGAAGUUCGAAGACUGCUUUGAAAUUGUUUCUCCAAAGAUUGGUGCCACAUUUGAACGAGUCCUCCUGAGGCUGUCCACACCUUUUGUGAUCCGGACCAAGCUAGAAGCAUCUGGCUCUGAAAACAAAGAUAAGGUAAUGGAAAUCAAAGGACAAAUGAUUCAUGUCCCAGAAUCAAACUCCAUUUUGUUUUUGGGUUCACCUUGUGUGGACAAGCUGGAUGAACUGAUGGGUCGAGGCCUCCACCUUUCGGACAUACCAAUCCACGAUGCUACCCGUGAUGUCAUCCUUGUUGGGGAGCAGGCCAAGGCCCAGGAUGGCUUAAAGAAGCGGAUGGACAAAUUGAAGGCAACACUAGAGAAAACACACCAGGCUCUGGAAGAAGAGAAGAAGAAGACUGUGGAUCUCCUUAUUUCUAUCUUCCCAGAAGAAGUGGCUCAGCAGCUGUGGCAAGGACAGCAGGUUCAAGCAAGGAAAUUUGACGAUGUUACCAUGCUCUUCUCGGACAUUGUUGGCUUCACUGCUGUCUGUGCCCAGUGUACUCCCAUGCAGGUGAUCAGUAUGCUCAAUGAGCUCUACACACGAUUUGACCAUCAGUGUGGAUUCCUGGACAUAUAUAAGGUAGAAACAAUAGGUGAUGCGUACUGUGUUGCAGCAGGACUCCAUAGGCAGAACCUGAAUCAUGCAAAGCCCAUAGCCCUCAUGGCCCUGAAGAUGAUGGAGUUGUCAGAGGAAGUGCUCACACCAGAUGGAAGACCUAUUAAGAUGAGAAUAGGGAUUCACUCAGGUUCUGUUCUCGCUGGAGUUGUUGGUGUAAGAAUGCCGAGAUACUGUCUUUUUGGUAACAACGUCACCCUAGCAAGCAAAUUUGAGUCAGGAAGUCAUCCUCGCCGUAUCAAUGUCAGCCCAACAACAUACCAGCUUCUGAAAAAGGAAGAAAAUUUUAUCUUCAUUCCUCGAUCCCGUGAAGAGCUUCCAGACAACUUUCCAAAGGAAAUCCCUGGGAUUUGUUAUUUCCUGGAGGUCAGAACUGGUCAGAAGCAGCCAAAGUCCUCUGUCACAUCUACCAGAGUGAGAAAGAUUUCCUACAACAUUGGCACCAUGUUCCUCCGGGAAACCAGCCUAUGAGGCCCACUGCAGAUCAAAGACUCAUCAAAAAAGCACAAGCCCAGAACUGGGUCAUGACAGGAGAGAGGAGAUUCUUUCUGUUUCACUGCAUUGUUCCAAGCAAGCAGUAAAAGCUCCGUGAAAUGUCAGGCAAUAAUUCUUUUUAAAGGUGGGUGACUUCUGUCAGUAAACAAACUGGAAAGGGGCAAGGGAGGGAGCAGGGAUGUUUAAUACAUACACAAACACACACACACACACACACAUGCACAGACACACAAAUCUGAUUAAACAAAAAGAUUGCUGUGUUGUCAGAUCUUCUCUUCCUCAUAAGGGUCAAUGUGGGGGUAAAAAAGGAAUCCAAAUUGAUUUGCUGUUGAGCUGAAAGGAAGACAUGUUCCACUAAGCUGGGGUGUCCACUUGUGGCUAGCUAGAUGUUGCUGGGCUAUGGCUCCCAUCAUCCGUCAGCCACUAUAGCCAAGACUGAUGGGGUUUGUAAUCCAACAACAUUGGGGAUUCUUGACCAUUCAUUCAGAGGGGCAUUUUUCUGAUGGAACUGCUUCCAUCAGUCCAUAGACUGAGUGAGUCUUUUCCUCUCCUAGGAUCACAUUGUCCCUCAAGAUCUGUUUCAGAGGUCUGGGAAAGUUGCAAAGCAGGUUUUUAAGCCUAUGAGAAAUGGAGGGGUGCAUCAUUCUUGCAUUUUGCCAAUAUCAGUAUAUUGGAUUUUGGCCUUGGCAUCCUUUGCAAAAUCCAUUGAACUAUAUGCUGAGUAGGAUUGCUUCAUUCUGUUGGGAAAUGAGAGAAAGGUUGCUUUUUAAAGGCAUCGCUUCCCAGCUACUGCUUUAAACAUCCUCUAUUCAUGACAGCCAAAUCAGAGAAGGCUCCUUUCACGUGCACUUGUGAAAUGCUUGUAAAAGAUACAGUCACAGGACAUGGUGGAUAAUACUCUAAAGUUUGCACCAGCUAUACAGAUAGUUCAGAUAAGAAUGCAAUCCUGUAUAUACAAGUGUUAUUUGCUAAUGGUUGGAAUGCUUCUGAGUUGCUUUUUAAAAUUACAAAAAAAAACACUUCAUACAAAUACUGUAGAGAUCAUUUAUAACCUUCCUGGCAGAAGGAAAUAUAAUUCCAUAUAUAAUAUUGUAGGAAUUUUACCUAUUUUUUUAUACAUUUCACUUCUGGACAAUAUUCCAUAUGCUAUAACAAAUGUGAGGCUAGCCUGCUACUGUAUAUUUAUGGUCAUCUAUUCGAUUUUCAAAGAUUAUUAUUAUUGUUAGUAUUAUGAUGAGUAUUAUUAUUACUAUUCAGGCAAGGAAAGCUAUUUUAUUGGGGUUCUGCAAGAACACCUCUUUGUUUUUGUUUUUCCCCUUUGGAGAGAUAUUUAUGUCUUGCAUUUCUAAAUUAAUAUGCUGUACUAUCUGUCCUGCUGCUGGUGUAGUACAUCAGAACAAAGCAAGCAAAGCUGUGAUCACCAUGUUCCUUUUCUGGUAUGUUGUUGAAAGUGAAAAGUGCUGAGCUGCUGGAAUUCAGGUUUGACCCAAAGUUCUCUGCCACCCUUGAUAGAACUCAAGCCAUCUUCUCUCUUAAUGUUGCUAUAUCAGGAGCAUGUAUGUUUAUGAACUACUGGGUCUUCAUUCACAAAGAGACAUUACCUGAAAGCAGAUGGCUCAAUGUCACAACCUCAUAGCCCUUUCAGUACAUCCCAGGCUGUCAUGUGUCAUCACAAGCACAAGACCCCCCUCUUCUAUGUGUCAGUAUCUUCUAUGUGUAACUGAUUUUCUACUGAUGUUUAAUAAAUGGAUUAGAAUCUCCAGUGAUUAAAUUGAUGGGUUUAGAAAGGCUCAGAAAGGAGAGGAGAAAAAUAAUACCCAUAUCAUGUUAAUAUUCAUCAUUACUUCACACUUUCCAGGCUUAAAUACAGUGUUUUAGAAGUAGCCCAUAAAAACAAAUUUUACUCUUGAAACUUCAACAUUCCAGUGUUAUAUGCCAGAGAAGUAGGUAGAUUUCAAAUCUUGGCAGAGUUUUGUUGCAUCUCUGGAAAAUACAGCUUCCAUGCCCACAUUAAGGAUACAAUCCUUUGCAUGUCUCCCCUGAUGUAAGUCAUCUUAUGUUCAGUGGAGCUUGACUCCUAGUUAGUGUAUGUAGCUUUUCAGCCUAAAUUUUCUUGAGGCCAUACCUUCCUAGGUGCGGAAUAAGAAGAUAACAUACAGACAGGGCAAAAUAAAGCUGCUUUGGGUCACUUUGGA